AUGCCCACAAGGAUAAUAUGCCGAAGAUUUGCAGGACAGUCGUGCAGCACGGUUGCAUUUUCUACUGCGACCAAGGUGCCGGGCAAGAGGGCGUUCUUUGGGAAAGCAGAAGAGGACCUGAACUUCCAGAACACGGAGAAGAGUCCUAAGCGUGUCGUCACACUCAAAUUAUGGAAGCCUUCAGAAUAUAGAGUAUCCUUUCGUCCCUCAGCCUACUGUGGGGCCAAAUAUGUAUCUGACGAGGAUGCGUCUCGCAUCUUGGACGGUGGCUUGCUUGAAGGCGAUUGCACUAGAAUGGGUGCCAAACAGGUCCAAAGUCGCUACAGCAUCACCUGUUCACGGAGGCUUUCCAGCACAAAGAAUAUGCUGCUGGAUUUGGAAAGUAGCAAGUUUCUCUCUACCCAGGCCAAUUUGAUGCAGCCAACAAAACCGGGUCUUGUGGAAGAUGAUGGGGAAGCUGCGGAUGUGGAAUCUUAUGAUACGAAGGAGGAUCCCAGGGUGUUUCAGAAGCAACGUCCUGAAUACGAAGUUCUGAGUUACAAUAGGCCCAAGCUUCUUCAGCCCCUUUCUGCAGAGGAAGGUCACCUGAUCCUGCAGAACGUGUCCGUGUUCAAAAGCAGCCUGAAACCACGCACCAUUGCGGAGUAUUUCUUUCGUCUGAGCGGCUUGCUGGUAGAACAACGAGAAAGCCUGAGAGCCAACCCCAGGUUUGCCAUGUUGUGUCACUGUGCAGUUGAAAGCAUCCAACUCUUUGAUACUUCUGAGCUGCUUAUGGGUUUAAAAGCAUUUGUUCACUUGGCCAUUCCCCCCACAGACUCCAUGCUGAAGGCAUACGAAUCUGAAUGCUGCCGCCGCGCCUGGGACAUCGGCCUGGAUCGACUCCUGCUGGUGGCUGACCUGUGGCGUUGCUUGGGGCGCAGUGUCCCACGGUAUCUGGAGAUCGCGUUGAGCUAUGUCAGUCUGCACUGGCAGGAGCUCAGUUUGCCCCAGCUGGUUCAGUUAGUCUACAUCAUAGGCGAAGGUCGCCAAGCCCCUGAGGAUUUAAUGAAGAAGCUCGACACCUUGGUCGUGAAGCACCUGAGUUCUCUGAGCCUUGAGGAAGUGGGCACCAUUUGCUUAGGGUUCUUCAAGGCCAGCCAUGGUCUUUCCAAACACACGAUGCAGAGAAUCGGAGAUAAAGUCUGUGCCCAGAUGGCGGAGAUGAGCAAUUACGCCUUGGUCAACGUUCUCAAGAUGUACCGUUACACUCACGUUGAUCAUCCGGAGUUUCUGAAACAGCUUGGGGUGGUGGUUCCUGCCCGAAUCCCUUCCAUAGGCACUCAAGGAGUCAUGCACAUAACCCUUGCUUGUUCAGCUUUGCAUUACCGCAAUGAAAGGAUUAUGAAUGCCGUCGCCUCUUCCGUGCCUUCCAGGGCAGCUUAUUGCCGAAGCAAAGACAUUGCCAAGUUCUUGUGGUCAUUUGGGUGCCUGAACUAUGAGCCACCUAACGUAGAGGAAUUUUACACUUGCCUGGAGGAGCAGAUGCGGUCAAAGAUGCACGAAUUUCAGAAGUUCCCUGAGCAUUUCCUCACCUCCUUGCUAGCGCUGGCAUUUGCAAAGCGGUUUCCGAAAGACUUGAUAGAUUAUGCUCUGAGCCCUAAGUUCAUCAGACGAAUCAGCAAUAGUAAGUUUGACCUCAAGAAGGACUUGUUUACCCUUGAUGGCACAGUGGAGAUUGAAUGCCCGGAUUACACAGGCAAUCGCCUUGCAGCAGAGCUGAAGCAGGAGGUGACUGAGAUGUUGUGGAAUUUUGCCAAGAAGGACAUCUUCACAAAGCCAGAAGUCACCGAAGCACUCUGUCUUCUGGAAGACAUGUUGGGCGGUCCCCAGUAUGUCAAACAACACAUGCUCUUACCUCACACCAGAUCAGCUGAUUUGGAGAUUCGUUUAGAUCCAGACCGAAAGCCGUUGCCUUUUCAUUCAGAAGCCGCAGCAAUAAAAUUGGAAUUAAAAGAGAGUGGAGUCUCUCUCACAGAUGACUUAAUGAAUCGGCUGGUGAAGGGGAGGUCUAGGAACCCAUCCCCAGUGAACGACUCUGGGAACAAGGAUGAAAUGCGUAUCCUGAAAAGACCAGUGCAGCAGGAGCGGUCCACAUCCGUUCAGGAUCAUUUUGAGUUUUCAGACGGAGUUCCUCUUACUGGCACCAUCUUGAACGCACUGACCAAAUCCAAAACCUUUUGUGGAAGUCCAGACUCUCAACUGAAAGGGCAGCAUCUCGGGGACACGAAAUUAGCUGUUCAGGUGUCCAGUAGGAACCACUACAGCUAUGGCUCAAAACACCUUCUGGGGCUCCACCAUUUGAAAAGGAGGCAGCUCCGUCUAAUUGGAUACACGGUGGUAGAACUGCCCUUCUGGGAAUGGUUCCCGUUGCUCCGGCAUAGCCGGUCAGAAAAACUGAGCUAUUUGCACCAUAAAAUAUUUAACUCUGUACUGUAA